CUCCCCCUCCGCAGGGGUGCCGGCGGUGCCGGCAUGGGGCUCCCAUCGAAGGAGCAGCGGCGGGGGCCCGGGCCGUGCCCGGGGAGGCAGCAGGCGGCACCCCUGCAGCGCGGAUGGAGGGUGCUGGCCGAGAGGAACCAGAGCGUGAUGCCCGUGGGAGCCUGGGUGGAGAGUGCGCCCGGAGAGCAAAGCCCGGCCUUUGCUUCAGUAUUCCAGGUGGAGGAGGAGCUGAAGGAGCAGCAGCAGCAGAAGGCAGCCAGGCUGAGGAGGUUCCAGGGCGAGGUGAGGCAGCGGGUGAACCGGCAGGUCAGGCUGCGUCGGAGGCAGGAGCUGCAGAAGGCCUAUGAAGCAGCGGAGAGGGAGAGCUGUGUUGCUGUGCAGUACUCGGCGCCCUGGAAGAACACGUGCCUGUUCCAGGGUCUCCCUGCUCCCAUCAUCUGUGGUUCUGCUGCUGGCUUGGGUCCAGCCCAGCCAGAAGAGGAGCAUGGGGAGCCAUUCCAGCAGCAAGCUGCUGAGCUCAGCAGGGCUGUGCAGCAGGUGCGGCGCAGGCUGGCGUCCCGCAGGACCGUGGCCCACAUGUCCCCUGGUGCCUGGAGGCAGGAGAAACCAGACCCUUGCCUGGCAGCUGCAGUGGCCAUGGAGGAGAGUGAGGAGCUGCUGCUGGCAGGACACCACGAUCUGCCUGCUGAGCUGCUGGAGCAGGGCACAGCCACAAACAGCACUGGGCAGGAUGAUGACUUCUGCAUCAAAAUUGAAUUUAAAAAAGUCUGUGAUGGGUCAGUGAAGGACUCGAGCCUGCCUGGGAGGCCACACAGUGAAUACCAAUCUCCCCUCAAACUCUGGGCUGGUGUUGACCAAGAGGAAACCAGGAAGCAGAGGCAGAGGGAGUUCCUGCGGUGCCGGCGCCUCUUCAUGGCCCUGGAGCGGGAGCGAGUGAGGGAACAGCAGCGGCAGCGAGAGAGGCAGCAGAGAGUUUCCCAGAUUAAGAGGCAGACGGAGAAUCAGCGCCGGGCAGAGGAGCAGAGGAUGCGAGACAUGGCUGAGCAGCGAGAGCCCUCCCUGGGAGAGGGAACCUGGGAAACACUGGCCCAGCUCCAGCUGGAGGAGAGGAGAGUGAGGGACAGACAGCAGCGGGAUAAGGAGCACAUGAGGUAUGUUGAAGCUCUGAGAGCCCAGAUGAGGGAGAAAGUCAAACUCUGUAACAUCGACUUGCCCCCACUGUGUUCCUGUGGCUCUGAUUUCUGGGAUUCCCACCCGGAUACCUGUGCCAAUAACUGCGUCUUCUACAAAAACCACAAAGGGCUUCUGCCAGCCCCUGCCACUAGGAUCACCUUCCAGAGCCAGGUAUUUAUUGUUCCCUCCUUCUUUUCCGUGUGAGGACCUUUCUUCCAGUAACACCCACACAGCUUCCUACCUGACCCAUGCUCCCAUAGCCUCUACUUUGCUCCUGAAAGGAAGGAGCAUUUUUCUAGUAAAAAAAAUGUGCAGGCCUUUGCAGGAGUGAUUGGAGCAAGAUGGGUUUUCCCAAAGCUGCCUGUGGUGAGAUAACGUCCUGGGCAGAGGUUACUCCGUACCCUGUCAUUAAUAUUUACUCCUUGCUGGCCGCCCUCUCCAAUAUUAACUAUGGCAGGAAGGAUGGGUGGCCGAGUGUGCCGGAUCAUUUCUUUUCCCUGUUUCCAUCCCAUUGGGCACAAAGCAAACCCACCCCUGGUCCAGAGGUAGCACAGAGUCACAGAGCCAGGAGUGCUGCUCGGUUUCCCCUGGAGAAUCAUUCACUGAGACAUCCGUGGUGCCUGAUGCUGUUUAUUAACAGCUGCUUGCGUCAGGGGAAGGUGCUGCAGCCCUAAUUCAGGGUAUUGGAGUGGGUUUGGAAAGGGCAGGAUCUGCCCCGUGAGGGGGCAAGGAAGCAAAGGGCUAAAGCUGCAAAUGGGUUUUUGUAACUGAUUUCAGCUCUCGGGCAGCUGAGGACAAGCAGUUCCUUGGCAAGUCCCCAAGGAACUUGCUCAGGCCCCGAGGAACCCUGUUCCUACCUCUCUUGAGUCAUCUCCAAAGGGGCUGUGGGCUGAUUUGGGGCUUAGUUAAAGGAAUAAAUAAAUCUGUUGCUGCUUCUCAGCCUCAGUCUGUCCCUAGCAGAAUAAACGGGAUAUUUGAAAGGGGAUGGGGGGAGAGGACUCCCAGAACCCCGGGCAAUAACCCCAAAGUGUGUCUGGCAUAGCUGUCACCAGCAGGGCAGUGAAGCCUGUUCGGGGGUUGCUGGGAAUGUUCAAUCUGGAAAAGUUCAAUCCAGUUUUUUCUGCUGGGACAUGCAGCAUCUGGGGAAGCUCACAGAGCCCCGGGGGGACAUGAAAAGGGCUGGUCGGUCCCUUCAGGGCUCUGCCGUCUCCCACUGCCCAGCGCGGCUGUUCCCUCGUUCCAGCCGCAUUUGAAGUGGAUUUUUG